AGCAGGUUGCGCCCAGACGCUCCGCCCCCCGCCGCGGCCCUCGGGCGUCUUUCCGCCCAGCUCGCCGAGCCUUCACCUCCGCGCCGCUGGGGCGGCCUGCGUCCAUCCAGCAGCUAGCGACCGUGGGCCAUGGCCGCCGCGGGGAGUUCCCGGCUCCUGCGUAUCGCCUCCCCAGCCCUGGGUGGCUCGGCCCGCCGCCCACUGCUCCUCGCCGGACCCCAUGCGGGGGCCAGCAGCCUGCCGGGGGAAGCCGGGGCCGGGCCUGGGCGGCGGCGCGCGCGGGCAAGCCGGCCGCUGAGCGUGUCGGCGCGGAGCAGCUCAGAAGAUAAGAUAACAGUCCACUUUAUAAACAAUGAUGGUGUAACAUUAACAACCAAAGGAAAAGUUGGUGACUCUCUUCUAGAUGUUGUGGUUGAAAAUAAUCUAGAUAUUGAUGGUUUUGGUGCUUGUGAGGGAACCUUGGCUUGUUCUACUUGUCACCUCAUCUUUGAAGAUCACAUAUAUGAGAAGUUAGAUGCAAUCACUGAUGAGGAGAAUGAUAUGCUUGAUCUGGCUUAUGGGCUCACAGACAGAUCACGGGUUGGGCUGCCAAAUCUGUUUGACCAAAUCUAUGGACAAUAUGACUGUUCGAGUACCUGAGGCUGUGGCUGAUGCCAGACAAUCUAUUGAUGUGGGCAAGAAUUCCUAAAACUACCAUAAGAAGAAAUAUUUUUGUGAAAUUUUACCUAUUUUUAUAAUUUUUAACAUAAUUAAAUGAGAACAUGGUUGAA